UGGCUGUCAGCAGCAGACCUGUUGCAUUCGCACUGAGCCGCUUGACUGGUGCAGGAGAGGCAGAUUCCAGCUGUACCCCUGAAGCUGUCCCAGUCACCCGCUGCGGGUCACCCCUGAGCCAGACCCUCACUCUGAUCACAAUGGUGCCCUCUAAUCCCGGCCCCCACCAGAAGACCACGAGGAGUUGAAGGCUGCACUGCUGAGGACACUUCUGGACUUCUUCCCCAUCCGGCACGAGCCUAGAGAGUAUAGAAGACAUAUGAGAAGGGGUUCUGGGAGACAGCCCUGAGGAAGAAGUUUACGUGAGGUUGAAGUGGGACCACGUGUGCAAGAUGGCCUCUCGGUUGCUGGCAUUGUGGAUAAUGAUGUCAUUGAAGUCAUCAAGAUAUCAGGCGGCAGCUGAACAGGAGCAAGGGGCCUACUUCCUUCCUGAGUUUGCUCUCUCUCCACAAGGAAGCUUCCUGGAAGAUACAACCGGAGAGCAGUUUCUGACUUACCGCUAUGAUGAUCAAACAUCCAGAAUUACCCGCUCUGACAAUGACAAAGACAACGGCUGGGAUGCUUGGGGGAGCUGGAGUGACUGUUCGCGGACUUGUGGUGGAGGAGCAUCCUACUCUUUACGAAGAUGUUUGAAUGGACGGAGCUGUGAAGGCCGGAACAUUCGUUACAGAACAUGCAGCAAUAACGACUGUCCUUCUGAUGUUGGAGACUUCAGGGCUCAGCAAUGUUCAGCACACAAUGAUGUCAAGUAUCAUGGGCAGUAUUAUGAGUGGCAACCAGUCUACAACGAUGCCACCGCUCCCUGUGCUCUCAAGUGCCAAGCUGUAGGAAAGAACCUAGUUGUAGAGCUAGCUCCUAAAGUCCUUGAUGGAACACGAUGUAACACAGAGUCUCCAGACAUGUGCAUCAGUGGCAUCUGCCAGGCGGUGGGCUGCGAUCGGCAGCUUGGGAGCAAUGCCAAGGAAGACAAUUGUGGAGUUUGUGCAGGAGAUGGGUCAACAUGCCGGCUGGUCAGAGGACAAUCCAAAACACAUCUCUCCACUGAAAAAAGAGAAGAGACAAUAAUUGCUGUGCCGCAUGGAAGUCGCAGCGUGAGAAUCACAGUAAAAGGACCAGCUCACGUUUUCAUUGAGUCAAAAACCUUACAAGGUGAGAGUGGAGAACACAGCUUUCAGAGCCCUGGAACCUACAUUAUCGAAAACACAACAGUGGAAUUCCAGAAGGGAUCUGAAAGGGAAAUCCUAAAGGUGCCAGGUCCACUGCGUGCUGAUUUCAUUGUUAAGACCAGGUAUGUCUCACCUAAAGACAGCGUGGUGCAGUUUUUCUUCUACCAGCCCAUUAGUCACCAGUGGAGACAGACAGACUUCUUUCCGUGCACUGUAACCUGUGGAGGAGGAUAUCAGCUGAACUCUGCAGAAUGCGUUGACAUCAGAUAUAAUCGGACUGUCCCCGAUCAUUAUUGUCAUUACUACCCAGAAAACAAGAAGCCUAAACCUAAACUUAAGGAAUGUAACAUGGAUCCCUGCCCGUCCAGUGAUGGCUUUAAGGAGAUAAUGCCCUAUGACCAUUUCCAGCCCCUGCCAAGGUGGGAGCAUAAUCCAUGGACUGCAUGCUCAGUUUCCUGUGGCGGGGGCAUUCAGAGACGUAGCAUUGUCUGUGUUGAGGAAACAAUGCAUGGAGAGAUCCUUCAGGUAGAGGAAUGGAAGUGCAUGUACGCUCCCAAGCCAGCUGUCAUGCAGACCUGCAACCUCUUUGACUGUCCAAAGUGGAUGGCUAUGGAAUGGUCCCAGUGCACUGUGACAUGUGGAAAAGGCUUGCGCUAUAGGGUAGUAUUAUGCAACGAUCAUCGCGGACAACAUACGGGAGGCUGCAACCCCCAGCUGAAGCCGCAUAUAAAGGAGGAAUGCAUUGUACCAGUACCAUGUUAUAAGCCCAGAGAAAAGUUCCCCGUAGAAGCCAAACAUCCGUGGCUAAAACAAGCACAAGAAAUAGAGGAGACUAGAACAGCAUCAGAUCAGCCAACGUUCAUCCCAGAUGCUUGGUCACCUUGCAGUGUCACAUGUGGUCGUGGUGUGCAAAAAAGGGAAGUCAAGUGCCGUAUUUUACUGACAUUUACACAGACUGAAUUAGAAUUGCCGGAAGAAGAAUGUGAAGAGGAAAAACCCCUUACAGAAAGAGCAUGCUAUCUGCCUCCGUGUCACGGCGAAACAAUGGACCAAGCCGUAGAGCUUCCGGCAGAAGAGGAGGAUUCAGAGAUGUAUGACUGGGAGUAUAUUGGAUUCACCGCCUGCUCCAGCAGCUGUUCAGGAGGAAGACAAGAAGCCAUAGCGGCCUGCCUCCAUAUCCAGACAAAAAGAAUUGUGAACAACUCUCAAUGUGACAGUGCAAUGCGUCCCCCUGCGAUGACGCGAGCCUGCAACACCAAGCUGUGUCCUCCAAGGUGGCAUACUGGACCCUGGAGUCGGUGCUCGGCUACGUGUGGGGUUGGGAUACAAACCAGAGAUGUCUACUGUUCAGGCCAGAGCGAUUCUAACAAUAAUUCCGAGCAAGAGUGUGAAGGUAAAAAGCCAUCAGCACUGCAGCCAUGUAAUCAGAUUGACUGCCCCCCAGCUUGGCACGCAGAGGACUGGCAACAGUGUUCUCGGACGUGCGGAGGAGGUGUCCAAAACCGCAAAGUAAGCUGCAAACAGUUGUUGGCAGAUGGCAGCUUUAUGAAGCUUUCAGAAGAGCUCUGCCAGAUGCAAAAGCCUACGAGUCAGAAAGCUUGUGGGAAAGUUGACUGUCCCCUACAGCUAAUAACUGGACAGUGGUCUAAGUGUUCCUCAAGAUGUGGUGUUGGAGUCCAGAGAAGGACUCUACUUUGUCAGAAGAUAACGGCUAAAGGACAAGUAGUCAUUGUUAAUGGGUCGCUAUGCCAUGGACUUCCCGCCCCAGCUCUUGUAAGAACGUGCCGUGUAGGUGCAUGCCACAAAAAUAAACAUUUGUCUAAGCAAGAAAACAUAUCCGGACCACCAGAAAUUCUUGCCAUCCAUCGAGUCUACAUUCAGACCCGACAAGAAAGACGCAUUAAUUUUACCAUUGGGAGCAGGGCAUAUUUACUUCCCGAGACAUCUGUAGUGAUAAAGUGCCCUGUACGUCGUUUCCAAAAGUCACUCAUUAAAUGGGAAAAGGAUGGACAACCUUUGCGAUAUUCAAAAAAAAUUGGAAUUACGAAAUCAGGAUCCUUAAAGAUACAUAACCUGGAAGUUCGAGAUAUUGGUGUCUACAAAUGCAUUGCACAAACUGCUUAUGAAAUAUUUGUCCUUAAACUAAUUGGCACUGAUAAUAGACUCCUCGAGGCACCAAGCUUUGACAAAGAUCCCAAUGAAGCAAACAAUUUGGGGGAAAAGUGGCACAAAAUGAGUAAGAUGUGGAAGUCAUGGAAUAAAAACAAUAACUUGUAUCAUGAAGACAAUCCAGCCCAGGACAUCAUGGUUUUAAGGAAUCUUGAAACUUUGGUGACUAACUCUGCAGAAAUAUAUGGUUCUCAAGAAUUUAAAGACAGGAGGCUGGAGGCAGCUGUUCUACAAGGUGCUUACAGCAUGGAUACAGUCCAGUUUGAGGCUCUGGUUAGAAACAUGAGUGAACUUAUUGAGGCUGGUGAAAUCAGUGAUGAUUUUGCAAGUCAGAUUAUAUCCCAUGUAGUGAAUGAGUUGUCUAAACCUCAGUCUCCUUUGGAAAAGUGGAAAGGACCCAAUGAAGACAGUAUUUCAAACCAUAAGCUGGUUGCAAAAGAACCAGAUAGUGUGAUGCAUUUUAGUAACAAAGCCUUAGACAAGGAUAGCAGAAAAAGGCUACUAACAAUUCGCAAUCAGAAGAAUGGUUAUAUAUUGACUUCUAACAAGACAAUGAAUCUGAUCAUUGGGAGUAAUGGCUUCAUCACUAACAAAACCCAACUGGUUACUAUUCAAUGUGACACUGACGGUGACCCUAAAAGUAAAUUAACUUGGAGUAAGAAUGGAGAACCGUUGAAAUUAUCCAACAGGCUUUUCCUAGAAAAUUAUGGAAAGCUGCACAUACAAAAUCCUGGCAGAGAAGACAUAGGCCUGUAUCAAUGUGCAGCUGUAAAUGAGCAAGGAUCUGAUGUGGAAAGUUCACAUUUGUAUUUUGCAGAACCACCUACGAUCCAGUCCUCCAAAAGAAACAUCACCAGUCUGGACGGAGACAGCCUUUCGGCAAUUGUGGGUGACGUUUUGAUGAUGAGAAAGGGAAUGAAUGUAACCCUGGAAUGUCCUGUGAAAGGUUCACCAUAUCCGAAACUAAAUUGGCUGAAGAAAGACUUCCCAAUGCCAAAUAACUCAUUUGUCCUUCCAGGCGGUUCUCUACUGCUGACAAACAUCACAGGGGAAAGUGAAGGAACGUACAUGUGCAUUGCAACAAACGCUCUUGGAAAAACAGUAGCAAUGUCUGCUCUGCACUUAUCUGGUAAGAAAAUGUACAGCUCUACAGAGGAGCAGACUCAAAAAGCCAAAAGACGUGUUCUAAUGGCAUCUACAUUUGGAACUAGCAUUGUGGGUAAACUCGGAGACAUUUUGCGUAUUGGUUGUCCAGUGCAGACCAUCCACCAAAGUACGAUUCAUUGGUUUCUAAGGAAACAACCAAUAGAAGAGAUCAAGGACUUGAAAUAUCGUGUUCUGGUUUCUGGACGGGUUCUAGAAAUUAACCCAUUGUCUGAACAGAGUACUGGAGAGUUUAGAUGCUGGACUUCAAAUGAUUCAAAGAUAGUGUCUGCCUGGGUGAAUGUCUCUUUAGAAGUCUACAGGCUGGAAUAUGGGGAAUGGACACCUUGCUCUGCAACGUGUGGAAAUAUGGGAUCUCGGUUACAAACUCAGCAUUGUAUCAACAGGGAAGGACAGAGGGUGAACAUGUCCUUGUGUGAACAUCUAGAGCCAUUGCCGGUCAAUUCUCAGCCAUGUAAUGUAGAAGACUGCCCUGCAAGAUGGGCAACAGGUUCGUGGUCUGACUGUUCGGCCUCUUGUGGCACUGGAUACCAGCACAGACUAGUCGCAUGUCAGCAGAUCUUAUCAGAUGGUCGCGUGAAGGUGCUGCCUUUAAAUUCUUGUGGAUUUGUUGACCGACCAGCCGCACGGAAGCCAUGUUCUGUUGACACUUGUGUGGACUGGAUUCCUCAGGCAUGGGGACAGUGUUCUAAUCGCUGUACCGGACAAGGAAUGGGUUUACAGCAUCGGCACAUACUGUGUCAAGACCGGAAUGGAACCACCGUGCCAGAUACUUACUGUGACAGGACGAAGAGGCCAGCUUCCAGAAGGAACUGUUCUUCAGAGCUGUGCGAUGUGUACUGGAGGACAGGGCCCUGGAGACCCUGCACAGCAGCCUGUGGAAAUGGCUUUCAGUCUCGGAAAGUAGACUGUGUACAUAGGAAGAACGGCAAAGUCUUGGCUGAUCAAUACUGUGUGUGGAAACGGAGGCCCUCAACUUGGCAGCACUGCAAUAUUACAUCCUGUGGAAAGGGAGAAUGCAAGGACACAACUCACUACUGUACAUUUGUAAAACAGCUUAAGCUGUGCUUAGUAGACCUCUACAAACAAAGGUGUUGUGAAUCCUGUAACGGAGCAUAACCUAUCCUCAAAACCGUACUCUGCGGUAAACUGAAGCAAUGGGAAGGAUUUGUACAUUUAGGUUUAAUGCUUAGACUAAUCUAUGGAACUGAUAAUAAACUUUUGGGUUAUGACGAAAAUGCAUGGGGCCAGUGUCGGACAUGGGUUCCUUGAGCCCACCAGAGGAACUUAUUCUCUGGACCCAACCUCCAUAUCAUCAAUAAAGUGUAAUAGGUUUUGAUUCAAAGAAGUAGACCUUAGUGGCAAGUGACUGGCUCCAAAGGCAGCUCCAAAUGUUUUUUUCUUCUGGACCUUUGGGGCCCACUAUGGUCUCAGAGCCUGGGCCCACUGGAGGGUCUUCUGGUACUUUGGUGGGCUAGUCUGAUGCUGCAUGUAGAUAAGGUAAGGUUCGGCCAAGCUGAUGCCUUCCGUGUCACUGAAAAACCUUACAAUUAGCAUAUAUAACAAGCCAUGCUGCUUAAAGGCUGACUACAAAUUAUGUCCUAUAGAUAAAGUCUAUAUCUGUUCUAGUUUAACUUCAUCCAAGUUCCACCUAGUCAACCUUUUUAUGGCAUAGUCAUGGGUUUAUUAAUAUUUGCAGGAUACAGUUUUAAUUUGAGUUAUUUGACGCUACAUCAAAGGUUCAUUUGAUGGAAAGAAUUUGUUAUAGUAGAUCAUAUAUCGAGGGUUAAAGUGCCAUCAGCUACAAAAGUGGAAUGUGAAGGCUUUGAAUGUUCAUGACUGUAGACACGCAGAGUGUAGAGGCGGAUAUUCAGGGUGGUAUUUACUAAACAUUGGUAUUCUGGUACACAGCCGUGGGGUUCAUCUACUUUUGGCUUAGUAAAAGUGACCAUGUCCUGAAACAAUUAUUUCUAUACAGUACAUGUAAAGAAACCGAAUUAUCAUUCAUGGUAAUAGUGUAAACAUAUCUUUUGAUUUUUUUUUUUUUAGAAAGGCUUACAUUUUUCAGGAUUUAAUAAAAUCCAUAAUACAUUUGGGCAGGGUGGUUAUAUAACCUUGCCUCCCAUCCAACAUCCUUUACUACCUGUAUAGCAGAAUACAAUAAGUCACCAUAUGCAAUGUAUACUAUUCUAUCAAUACAGUUAGCAUAUCUCCUGCAGUGUAUAUAUAUAGUAUGUGUGCGGGUUGGUGUGUACGAUGUGUAUGUAUGUAAAAAUAUCAGCAGCAGUAUUAAUUCUAGAAGAUGGUGCCAUGUACUAAGACAGUGGUUCGUAGAGAACAAUGAUAGUGUUAUAUCUAACUGAUUAGCAAUAUUAAAUGGCAUCCAGCAGAGCCACAAUUACUCCUGUUAUGUAAAGCUGACCAUAGACUUUCAAUAGCUUUUGACCGAAUAGCUCUUCCUUCAAAACUUCCCAAACACAUACUGUAUAUGCCAAGUGUGCGUGUGCUUUCAUUGGGAGAUGGGAGUAGGCCACUGCCAGACACCUCUGCUGGUGGCUUAUGUCUGCUUAAAACAAAGGAUCAGGCAUUUUGCUUUUCUGCAUGUCCGAUCCUUUCUUCCCCUGUCAUAUGGCAAAUAGACAUCUACCAGCGUUUCAUACACAUUAGAUGGUUCGCCAGUCCAGACAAAGUUGGCGGGUUCAGCCACCUUACUAUAAAUGGGUUGUCCGGUUUUCUGAUAUUGAUGGCCUAGCCACAGGCGUUGCUGGUCUAUCAGCAGUUUGAAGGGGCAUGUGCGAGCGCUGUAUUCUCUUCAAUAUGCCCAAUACAUUUUGUAUAUUUUAAUAGUAUUUUAGUGCCCCUUUAUCCUGUUUUUAUUGUUCUGUUUUAUAUUUCACCAGAUCCACUCUGUGAAGAUUUGUGCCAGAGUCUGCACAACUUCAUAUGAUAAUACCUUGUACUCUGGACUUAAUCAUUGCAUUGUUGGAUAACGCACAAGGCAGCACCCUUUGCAUGCUUUUUUUUAUAUAUAUAUAUAUAUUUUGCUCAACAUGCAGUCAGGGGACCCCUCUAACACAAAGGGAUUAUACAAAAUAGACAACCCAUUUAAUAUAUUCUGCAACCUCAAUUUUAUUGCAGGAGUUUAAUGAAAAAUGUUUUCAUAGUUCUAUGGGAUCCAUUCCCAGGUGUCUAAUAUCCAUGUGUCUAACAGUAUCUUAGAACUGAGAUGAUGCUCCUCCUGUAGUCCUGAGGAACAUUAAAGUGACUCUCUGGCUGAAGAAAAUAAAAUUAUUUAGUGGGGAACAAACAAAACACUUAUAUGGUGAUCUUUUUUCAUGUUUUCCGCCAAAGAUUCCCUGAUUCCCGGACACUUCUUCUGCCAUCCAAGAUGACCGCACCAUUUCAUAGACUACCUGGUGCACACUGUGCCUUUGGUAGCCCAAUGUAGAAACAUAGAAACAUAGAAUGUGUCGGCAGAUAAGAACCAUUUGGCCCAUCUAGUCUGCCCAAUAUACUGAAUACUAUGAAUAGCCCCUGGCCCUAUCUUAUAUGAAGGAUAGCCUUA